AUGGAUUCAGGUGCGCUCGGUGGUAGCCCAGUACUUCGCCAAGUUGCCUCUUUCACUAUUCGCUAUUUUUCUCUUUCCCGAGUACCGCGCAACAUGUCAAGGACCCUUGGGCUGCCCACGAUGCUUGCACCGCUGCCUCUGUCCAACCUAGCUGCCUCUACACCUCACUCCACGAAUAGCUGUGUCAUGGCACCUACAACGCUGACAAUGGUACCCAGCCUUAGCUUGGAAAAUGAUUUCAAGAGGGACACAGAGGACCCCAAUUGUCAACACAGCGGUGGCGGCGCUGUUGGGCAGGACAACCACGCGCCCGCUGUUUCAACACGCUCUCUUAUCGGCGUGUGCGGGAGUGUGCUGCCGGAAAAGAAAGGUGGCCUGCCCAAGGCCGGUCACAUCGGGGUGUGCUACCGCCAAGACCUGUACGUCUUCGGUGGUGUGAACAGCAAAGGACAGUUUAGCAACCACGUCUUUUGCCACGAGAAGCGCACACUCCUCUGGCGGGAGACUCGCGGCAUCGGCGUCGUCCCGCGUGGCCGCGCCAACCACGCCGGCGUUCUCAUUGGCAGCAAAAUAUACAUCCAUGGUGGCCACCGUCAGCUCGAGGUGUUUGACGACCUCUUUGCCUACGAGGUCGAGACAACUCGAUGGGAGAAGAUUGCUUGCGAACGGUCGCAGGGACCGGGGCCGGUGUUUUUGCACGCUAUGGUGUACAUCCCCCCCUUACAUAGUCUCCUCGUCCUUGGCGGCAUUCAUCAGCGGGAGCAAAACAGCUGGCUAGGGCACCUAUUUGAUCUUCGAAACCGCGUCUGGACUGGUGUGCCACCACCGCCCUCUGUUAGCGCACAGCAUCUGCAGCUCGUGACGGUCGCGUACCACGCCCCCUCCGCGAUGGUGGUGGUUUUGGGACUGAUGGAGAUGAACGUACUGGAGGAUAACACCGCCCCUACGCCACACGUGCACUUAUUUCAGCCAUCGACGUUUCUGUGGCGGCGGGUUGAGACGAGGACUGCACCGGAGAGCCCGCUACCAUUUUGCAUGGAGGACACGUGGGAGCCGCUGCUCCAUAUUCUCAUCCCCGGCGGCGGCGGCGUGUACGACCCGUUUCUGGAGAGCUGGAUGUUUCCUCUUCCGUCGACGGUGACAGAUGACACCAAUGACGAUGACGCGCUGGGGCAGAGGCCUUCCAAGGCAAGUGUGGUGCUGCCUCCCGUGCCGCAAAACAAGUACGGCUUUCUCGUGCUGGAUUUAAGGCGAAUGUCGUGGUCGCUGGUGUCGUGCAACGUGUCGCGCAAAUUAGUCGCGGAGCUGAAUGCAGUGAACCGAGUGACGCGGGAGAAGAUGGAGCGAAUUGUAAUGCGCAACCCUGCAGCCGCUGCUGCUCUCGCCUUGGCCGGGAGCUCUUCGCACAGCAACUCGCCUGUGCAUCAGCCUGUAAAUGGCGACAGUGUCUUGGGUCUAUCCAGAACGUCUCUGGACCACGGUGCCAGCGGGGUCGCGAUCAGGCGACAGUCGGGGUUCCGACAUCAACCGUCGCAGUGGCAGCGACACAGCUCCUCCUCUACAAGUUUGCCGUGGGCACGCGCGUCAGCAACUCGUACCAGCAUGGGCUCCGGUAAUACCGACAGCAAGACGGCCGCCCUCCUCAGUGCGUCACGGUACCGCCGUCUCUUCUUCUUCGAUGAUGCGCCAGAGUUCAUGCGCAAGUAUACGCUUGUCGCGGUGCGUGAUGAAGCGGCCAAAUCGGGAAGGCUACGUCCACUGCAGUACGUCGUCUUACACGGUGGACUGACGGAGCCGACCGACUACGCGAUGCUGAUGUUUACACCGAUGGUCACGUGGCUGGAUGUCAAUGGUGCUGUACCUGCAGGUGGCACGUGUCGGAAGUCGCGCUCAGAUUCGCUUUGCGGACAGGGUGCUGCAAAUUUGGGGUCUUGGCGCGGUUCAGCGUGCGUUCAGAGCUUUGGUGCUUCGAAUGACGACUACGAAGACGAAGAUUUUGAUGAUGACGCAUCACUUGUGUGCAGCGGCGCCUCAACUUCGGCGCGCACAAGUCAGAGAGACUAUCGCAGCACAGUGCCGUACGCACCGCCGAGGGAGGUGGAGGGCCUGAUACACUCACGAGCCGGCAGGGACAGUGACGAAGAUGAGGACGACGUCAAUGGCGAGGAGCAACUCAACAGCAGGGGUGCGAUGCGCAGGUCUUUUCUGCUCCCGACUCUGCAGUGCGGACGGACAAGCCGCAACUAUUGCAGGUUUGCCCUCCAGUUUGCACCGGGGAACAGCGUGCAGAAGGAGUCGCUGCUGCCGUACCUGAACAUCCCCGUUGCAGUCUUACAAACCCCGGGUGAUGUGCAGAAAUGGUCGCGUCACUACUACACUGACCAGCGGCGAUGGCUCUCGGGGCGGCUCAAGGAUGCCCUGCUCGAGGAUCGAAAGCUGCGGCGUCUUCGGCAGGUCAACAAGGCGCGCCAGGCGCAGAUGACGACGGUGUCUGGUGCUGGCGCCAGCGUUUCACUGGCGGGCUCGGCAGCGCACGAGGACGAGAGCAACGACGAAUCGGAAUCCUUUAUGGAGGGUCUCUACUUCAUGGAGUCCUUGACCGGCGACCCUCGCACGCAUAGCGGCGCCAACUCAUCCGGUUUGCUCGCCAACGAGGAUCAGCUAUCGCUUGACGCUGCUGCUGCCGCGGUGACACGAGCAGAGGCCCAGAAGAAGCGAGUUUGUGACUUUUUCGAGGAGCACGGACUCGACGUAUUCGACGAGGACAGAGAUCUACAGUCACCGCAGGGGCAGACCCAGAUGCGCACGACGCCGACGAAGUUGAGCGGCAACGAGGCAAAGCACGACGGGCGGCAGAAGGACCCAAGGCCUAAGGAGAGGACUGCCGUUGCGGAGGGCGCGAACGAGAAGGCGACCAAACGGUCGGAGGCGUCACCGCUGGUACCGAACUCUGGAGCCCCCGACGCUUUCGUGCCUUUAGUGAGUGAGUCGCAGAUGGCAGACCCAUGCUUUGAGCGACUGCGCACGAAGGUGCGGCAGGACGGAGGCAGAGAACGAAUGGCAGUUACGCUCUUUCACGACUUGUUCACCAAUGGGCUCGCUGGGGGAGCACCAGGUGCGGCGCUGGAUUUUAGGAACCUGGCAGCCUACGCUCUGCUGAAAGGCUUGAUGGCACGCCUCCGAGCAGAUGGAGACCUCCACGAGACGCACCGGCGUCGAGCGCAGCUCCGGUGGCGCUUUCUCCGUGCUGUUGUGCGCACCGGCGAGGCUGUCUACUUGCUUUACCUUGCGAGUCAAGCGGAUUUUAAGAUGAAGGGCACCGUGGUGACCGGCACGCCGAGUCUCCUGCUCGCCCCAGACCUAUAUUUUGUCGGUCCAUCUCAGGCCUACCGAGUUCCUUGCAAACCAGUCCCGUACAAUCUUGCGGCGUCAUCAGCACCACCCCUGGCGUCGUCAUCCAGGCUUGCGCAGGUGACAGCGAGCGGCAUGGUGGUGUACCACUCACUGAAGUGA